AUGGCACCUCCGAAGCAGCGCACGAGAGCAUUCGCACCAAAGAGUCGCAGUGGGUGUGACCUCUGUAAACAGCGACGCGUCAAAUGCGACGAAUUGAGACCCAACUGUGGAAAUUGCAAGAAACGUGGAACCCACUGCUCGUACACAGCACCCAAAAUCUGGAUAUUCGAACCAAAGCAGCAGCGUAAGGUCGAUGAAACGAAGGCCGUUCAGCCUUCUGAACCCUUCGACCUCACGGGCCUCACCAUCUGUGACUGGCCGGCAGAUGAAAAGUAUUUGAUGCGUUACUACAUCCGACGAUCGGGCCCUUAUAUGAGUCAAUAUACCUUUCUAGAGGCGAGGAAGAUGUGGUCUGUAAUGGUUCCACGCUUGGCCAACACGUUUCCAGCCAUGAGACACCUGGUGGUAGCCAUAGCGCUGAUGGACCUGAGACUGAAUCAAGCCACGCGUCAAGCAUUGAGAGCGAGAACCGAAAGUGUCAUCGUCCAUUACAACAAAGCCAUUGGUCUUUUAACGGCAAAUUCCGCAUCAAUGGUUGAGGUGAUUGCAUCGGCAAUUCUUGCGUAUGUCUUGGAAACCAUGAUCCGAGAUACGGCGGCUGCCAAUAUACAUCUUCAGGCAGCGGAACAACUCCUGUCGAGAGUGGGCGAAUCCGUCAAAGGGAGUUGCGGCUCAGAAGCUGAGGGUAUUCUGGUGCACGAUUUGCGGGCGAUGUACAUCUCAGCUGCUGCAUAUCACGCAACUGAGCCUACAUUUCGUCCGACUCAAGACAGCUCCGCCACGUCUGUUUUCAAUGCCGUAACAGCACUUCACAGCCCACAAGGACUGCGAUCGGUAAAGGAGGUCGUGGUUGUAUACGAGCGCCUGUUUGAACACCUCAGCAGCAAGGAUCCGCUUGUACGGCCUAAUGUCGAGCAGUUGAAAGCAUUUACAUCAAAGUGGGAAUUGGCCAUACUUCAGCUAUCUCACGAUUCUCCAGAGCCGCGUGCCAACCUUUUCGCUGCACACAUGCUCAUUUGUGUUGCCAACGCACUUGUACCCCGCCUCUCAUAUGGCGGUUUGACUGAAGAGCAAUUGGCUUUGCAAUCCCCAACCAAUGUAACUGCGAUGGGUUAUAUCGUUCAUAGGCUUGAUCUUCUACUAGAGGAAAACAUCCACAAGCUUGGGAAGAGGGAUGAAGCUAUCUUCAAUAGAAUAUUGAAGCUGGCAUCUCGUACCAUCACCCAGUUUGCCCCAAAUGACAAUCACCGAAAUAAGGCAAAACUCAUGCUCACCAAAGUCGAAACGAGAGAAAGUCUUGCAACAACUACGGAGCCAUCAGAUAGGGAGCGAAUGAGCCAUUCCAGCUUUGCAGGCACUGCUGCUGAUGCAUCUGAGCCGGACUCACACGAGCAUGGACCUACUCUUUCCGAAUUUGCAUUGCAGAAGCUGAGGAUCAUCGAGCCGCUAAAAGUACCUCAUGACACUGACUUACAUCUACGAAGCCAGACGUGA